GGGAAGGUUGAAGAACUGGCUUUCCAAACUCAAAAACAACGAGAAGAAAUGGUGGGUUUUAUGGAAAAGAACAAACAAAAGCAGAACGAACUGGAACUCAUGAAUGACAAGAUUGAAAGAGAGAAACAAGACAUCGAAGAAAGGCAGGAUGUGCUAACAAAGGAGAGAGAGGAGCUGGAACAAAUGAGGAGUGAGAUACAGCAACAGAGAGAGGAGACAGAAUCUCACAUGGAAGAUCAAAGGAAAGAGAAAGAACAUUUGGAACAAAUGACGACGGACAUGAAAAAACAGUUGCUAGAGGUGGACAAUGACAAGGAAAUGAUAGAAAGCUCAAUGGGUGAACUGAGAGUGAAAGAGGCAGAAAUGGUGAGAGAAAAAGACAACAUGGAUGACAAGAUGGCUCGGCUCAAAGAGGAAGAGGAUAGAAUGCGGGAAGAAAUAGGAAAGAAGAUGGACAUCUUAAAGCAGGAAAGUUGUGAAAUCAAAAGACUGAGAGAUGAAAUUGACAGUGAAAAGGACCAGCUGAAUGCAAAAUUGCUUGAGUUGGAAAAAAUGCGUGAAGAACUAGAUAGAGAGAAGAAGGAAGUGAAAGACAGGAAGGAUGAAACACUGAAAGAGAAAGAUCAGUUGGAAGAGAGGCGAUGUAAGAUAAGUAAGGAGAAAGAGGAAUUGGAUAUCAGUCUUGAACUGAUGAAAAGACAAAGGGAAGACUUGACGAGCUUGAAGGCUGAAGCAGAAGCACAGACCGAGCCUAUGGAAAUAGACUGGAAGGAAAAGCUCACGAGGGAAAGACAACAACUUGAAGAUGUAAAGGAGGAGAUACAGAAGGAAAAAGAAGCCUUUGAGAGAAAGAAGGGAUUGACCAUGAAAGAAAGAGAUGAGUUUGAUCUGAUGAAGUCUGAAACACAGGGACAAUUGGAGGAAAUAGAACAAAACAAACAAGACAUUCGUGUGGAGAAGGAAAAGCUGGAUCAGAUCAAAGCUGAGUUAGAAAGACGGUCUGAAGACGUAAAUCAGAUCAUGGACGAGACAAGACGGGAGAGGGGGAAGGUUGAAGAACUGGCUUUCCAAACUCAAAAACAACGAGAAGAAAUGGUGGGUUUUAUGGAAAAGAACAAACAAAAGCAGAACGAACUGGAACUCAUGAAUGACAAGAUUGAAAGAGAGAAACAAGACAUCGAAGAAAGAAAUGGUGAGAGAAAAGACAACAUGGAUGACAAGAUGGCUCGGCUCAAAGAGGAAGAGGAUAGAAUGCGGGAAGAAAUAGGAAAGAAGAUGGACAUCUUAAAGCAGGAAAGUUGUGAAAUCAAAAGACUGAGAGAUGAAAUUGACAGUGAAAAGGACCAGCUGAAUGCAAAAUUGCUUGAGUUGGAAAAAAUGCGUGAAGAACUAGAUAGAGAGAAGAAGGAAGUGAAAGACAGGAAGGAUGAAACACUGAAAGAGAAAGAUCAGUUGGAAGAGAGGCGAUGUAAGAUAAGUAAGGAGAAAGAGGAAUUGGAUAUCAGUCUUGAACUGAUGAAAAGACAAAGGGAAGACUUGACGAGCUUGAAGGCUGAAGCAGAAGCACAGACCGAGCCUAUGGAAAUAGAAUGGAAGGAAAAGCUCACGAGGGAAAGACAACAACUUGAAGAUGUAGAGGAGAUACAGAAGGAAAAAGAAACCUUUGAGAGAAAGAAGGGAUUGACCAUGAAAGAAAGAGAUGAGUUUGAUCUGAUGAAGUCUGAAACACAGGGACAAUUGGAGGAAAUAGAACAAAACAAACAAGACAUUCGUGUGGAGAAGGAAAAGCUGGAUCAGAUCAAAGCUGAGUUAGAAAGACGGUCUGAAGACGUAAAUCAGAUCAUGGACGAGACAAGACGGGAGAGGGGGAAGGUUGAAGAACUGGCUAUCCAAACUCAAAAACAACGAGAAGAAAUGGUGGGUUUUAUGGAAAAGAACAAACAAAAGCAGAACGAACUGGAACUCAUGAAUGACAAGAUUGAAAGAGAGAAACAAGACAUCGAAGAAAGGCAGGAUGUGCUAACAAAGGAGAGAGAGGAGCUGGAACAAAUGAGGAGUGAGAUACAGCAACAGAGAGAGGAGACAGAAUCUCACAUGGAAGAUCAAAGGAAAGAGAAAGAACAUUUGGAACAAAUGACGACGGACAUGAAAAAACAGUUGCUAGAGGUGGACAAUGACAAGGAAAUGAUAGAAAGCUCAAUGGGUGAACUGAGAGUGAAAGAGGCAGAAAUGAGAGAAACAAGACAUCGAAGAAAGGCAGGAUGUGCUAACAAAGGAGAGAGAGGAGCUGGAACAAAUGAGGGUGAGAUACAGCAACAGAGAGAGGAGACAGAAUCUCACAUGGAAGAUCAAAGGAAAGAGAAAGAACAUUUGGAACAAAUGACGACGGACAUGAAAAAACAGUUGCUAGAGGUGGACAAUGACAAGGAAAUGAUAGAAAGCUCAAUGGGUGAACUGAGAGUGAAAGAGGCAGAAAUGGUGAGAGAAAAAGACAACAUGGAUGACAAGAUGGCUCGGCUCAAAGAGGAAGAGGAUAGAAUGCGGGAAGAAAUAGGAAAGAAGAUGGACAUCUUAAAGCAGGAAAGUUGUGAAAUCAAAAGACUGAGAGAUGAAAUUGACAGUGAAAAGGACCAGCUGAAUGCAAAAUUGCUUGAGUUGGAAAAAAUGCGUGAAGAACUAGAUAGAGAGAAGAAGGAAGUGAAAGACAGGAAGGAUGAAACACUGAAAGAGAAAGAUCAGUUGGAAGAGAGGCGAUGUAAGAUAAGUAAGGAGAAAGAGGAAUUGGAUAUCAGUCUUGAACUGAUGAAAAGACAAAGGGAAGACUUGACGAGCUUGAAGGCUGAAGCAGAAGCACAGACCGAGCCUAUGGAAAUAGACUGGAAGGAAAAGCUCACGAGGGAAAGACAACAACUUGAAGAUGUAAAGGAGGAGAUACAGAAGGAAAAAGAAGCCUUUGAGAGAAAGAAGGGAUUGACCAUGAAAGAAAGAGAUGAGUUUGAUCUGAUGAAGUCUGAAACACAGGGACAAUUGGAGGAAAUAGAACAAAACAAACAAGACAUUCGUGUGGAGAAGGAAAAGCUGGAUCAGAUCAAAGCUGAGUUAGAAAGACGGUCUGAAGACGUAAAUCAGAUCAUGGACGAGACAAGACGGGAGAGGGGGAAGGUUGAAGAACUGGCUUUCCAAACUCAAAAACAACGAGAAGAAAUGGUGGGUUUUAUGGAAAAGAACAAACAAAAGCAGAACGAACUGGAACUCAUGAAUGACAAGAUUGAAAGAGAGAAACAAGACAUCGAAGAAAGGCAGGAUGUGCUAACAAAGGAGAGAGAGGAGCUGGAACAAAUGAGGAGUGAGAUACAGCAACAGAGAGAGGAGACAGAAUCUCACAUGGAAGAUCAAAGGAAAGAGAAAGAACAUUUGGAACAAAUGACGACGGACAUGAAAAAACAGUUGCUAGAGGUGGACAAUGACAAGGAAAUGAUAGAAAGCUCAAUGGGUGAACUGAGAGUGAAAGAGGCAGAAAUGGUGAGAGAAAAAGACAACAUGGAUGACAAGAUGGCUCGGCUCAAAGAGGAAGAGGAUAGAAUGCGGGAAGAAAUAGGAAAGAAGAUGGACAUCUUAAAGCAGGAAAGUUGUGAAAUCAAAAGACUGAGAGAUGAAAUUGACAGUGAAAAGGACCAGCUGAAUGCAAAAUUGCUUGAGUUGGAAAAAAUGCGUGAAGAACUAGAUAGAGAGAAGAAGGAAGUGAAAGACAGGAAGGAUGAAACACUGAAAGAGAAAGAUCAGUUGGAAGAGAGGCGAUGUAAGAUAAGUAAGGAGAAAGAGGAAUUGGAUAUCAGUCUUGAACUGAUGAAAAGACAAAGGGAAGACUUGACGAGCUUGAAGGCUGAAGCAGAAGCACAGACCGAGCCUAUGGAAAUAGACUGGAAGGAAAAGCUCACGAGGGAAAGACAACAACUUGAAGAUGUAAAGGAGGAGAUACAGAAGGAAAAAGAAGCCUUUGAGAGAAAGAAGGGAUUGACCAUGAAAGAAAGAGAUGAGUUUGAUCUGAUGAAGUCUGAAACACAGGGACAAUUGGAGGAAAUAGAACAAAACAAACAAGACAUUCGUGUGGAGAAGGAAAAGCUGGAUCAGAUCAAAGCUGAGUUAGAAAGACGGUCUGAAGACGUAAAUCAGAUCAUGGACGAGACAAGACGGGAGAGGGGGAAGGUUGAAGAACUGGCUUUCCAAACUCAAAAACAACGAGAAGAAAUGGUGGGUUUUAUGGAAAAGAACAAACAAAAGCAGAACGAACUGGAACUCAUGAAUGACAAGAUUGAAAGAGAGAAACAAGACAUCGAAGAAAGGCAGGAUGUGCUAACAAAGGAGAGAGAGGAGCUGGAACAAAUGAGGAGUGAGAUACAGCAACAGAGAGAGGAGACAGAAUCUCACAUGGAAGAUCAAAGGAAAGAGAAAGAACAUUUGGAACAAAUGACGACGGACAUGAAAAAACAGUUGCUAGAGGUGGACAAUGACAAGGAAAUGAUAGAAAGCUCAAUGGGUGAACUGAGAGUGAAAGAGGCAGAAAUGGUGAGAGAAAAAGACAACAUGGAUGACAAGAUGGCUCGGCUCAAAGAGGAAGAGGAUAGAAUGCGGGAAGAAAUAGGAAAGAAGAUGGACAUCUUAAAGCAGGAAAGUUGUGAAAUCAAAAGACUGAGAGAUGAAAUUGACAGUGAAAAGGACCAGCUGAAUGCAAAAUUGCUUGAGUUGGAAAAAAUGCGUGAAGAACUAGAUAGAGAGAAGAAGGAAGUGAAAGACAGGAAGGAUGAAACACUGAAAGAGAAAGAUCAGUUGGAAGAGAGGCGAUGUAAGAUAAGUAAGGAGAAAGAGGAAUUGGAUAUCAGUCUUGAACUGAUGAAAAGACAAAGGGAAGACUUGACGAGCUUGAAGGCUGAAGCAGAAGCACAGACCGAGCCUAUGGAAAUAGACUGGAAGGAAAAGCUCACGAGGGAAAGACAACAACUUGAAGAUGUAAAGGAGGAGAUACAGAAGGAAAAAGAAGCCUUUGAGAGAAAGAAGGGAUUGACCAUGAAAGAAAGAGAUGAGUUUGAUCUGAUGAAGUCUGAAACACAGGGACAAUUGGAGGAAAUAGAACAAAACAAACAAGACAUUCGUGUGGAGAAGGAAAAGCUGGAUCAGAUCAAAGCUGAGUUAGAAAGACGGUCUGAAGACGUAAAUCAGAUCAUGGACGAGACAAGACGGGAGAGGGGGAAGGUUGAAGAACUGGCUUUCCAAACUCAAAAACAACGAGAAGAAAUGGUGGGUUUUAUGGAAAAGAACAAACAAAAGCAGAACGAACUGGAACUCAUGAAUGACAAGAUUGAAAGAGAGAAACAAGACAUCGAAGAAAGGCAGGAUGUGCUAACAAAGGAGAGAGAGGAGCUGGAACAAAUGAGGAGUGAGAUACAGCAACAGAGAGAGGAGACAGAAUCUCACAUGGAAGAUCAAAGGAAAGAGAAAGAACAUUUGGAACAAAUGACGACGGACAUGAAAAAACAGUUGCUAGAGGUGGACAAUGACAAGGAAAUGAUAGAAAGCUCAAUGGGUGAACUGAGAGUGAAAGAGGCAGAAAUGGUGAGAGAAAAAGACAACAUGGAUGACAAGAUGGCUCGGCUCAAAGAGGAAGAGGAUAGAAUGCGGGAAGAAAUAGGAAAGAAGAUGGACAUCUUAAAGCAGGAAAGUUGUGAAAUCAAAAGACUGAGAGAUGAAAUUGACAGUGAAAAGGACCAGCUGAAUGCAAAAUUGCUUGAGUUGGAAAAAAUGCGUGAAGAACUAGAUAGAGAGAAGAAGGAAGUGAAAGACAGGAAGGAUGAAACACUGAAAGAGAAAGAUCAGUUGGAAGAGAGGCGAUGUAAGAUAAGUAAGGAGAAAGAGGAAUUGGAUAUCAGUCUUGAACUGAUGAAAAGACAAAGGGAAGACUUGACGAGCUUGAAGGCUGAAGCAGAAGCACAGACCGAGCCUAUGGAAAUAGACUGGAAGGAAAAGCUCACGAGGGAAAGACAACAACUUGAAGAUGUAAAGGAGGAGAUACAGAAGGAAAAAGAAGCCUUUGAGAGAAAGAAGGGAUUGACCAUGAAAGAAAGAGAUGAGUUUGAUCUGAUGAAGUCUGAAACACAGGGACAAUUGGAGGAAAUAGAACAAAACAAACAAGACAUUCGUGUGGAGAAGGAAAAGCUGGAUCAGAUCAAAGCUGAGUUAGAAAGACGGUCUGAAGACGUAAAUCAGAUCAUGGACGAGACA